CAACUCAUCAAAAAAAAAAGAGCUGCACGACCCAAAAACCUCUCUCUCUCUCUCUCUCUCUCUAGUUUCUCUCUCACACACAAAAACGCGGAAACACACUCAGUGCGUGUGAGUUUCUGAUUCUCUGUCGACCGACUAUUCACGCGCCACCGAGAUCUGCGCUGUUUGCCGAUGGCAGACCCCAAUAGACCCGUCACAGGCUAUCCCGCCGCAAACCCUCAGGGGAACGGCUACUCAGCUAAUCCACCGCCCUCCGGAACCGCCUACCCCUACGCCGCCGCUCCUCCUCCUCCCUCCGGCGCCUACUACGGCGGCUACCAAAACAACGCCUACUACCCCAACAAUUACCAGUCGGACCAGGAGUCCGUCCGCCGUGCCACGUGCCUCCGCCGCAUCUUCGCCUUCGUGAUCGGGCUCGUCGUCAUCUUCGGAACCAUCACCUUCAUCGUCUGGCUCGUCCUCCGCCCCCAGCUCCCCGAGUUCCGAGUCGACUCGUUCUCAAUCUCCAAUUUCACACUCGGCAACAACUCGCUCGUCUCGUUCACUUCCGAAGUCCGAUUGACCGCACGAAACCCUAACAAAAAAAUGACCCUCACGUACGACCACAUCGAGGCCGUCAUCUUCUACAAGUCCAGCUCGAUCUCCGAAACCACCGUCCCUCCGUUUUACCAACCGACGAAGAACGAGACCUCGUUGGCCGCAAAUUUUGCGGCGGCCGGUAGUUUUGUCGAGAAAUCGGUGUUGGAUGGGAUAAACGGUGAGAGAGGGAAGAAUGGGAAUGUGAAUUUCAAUUUUAGAAUGCUUUCUAGGGUUAGGUUCGAGGCGAAAGCAUGGACUACUCGAAGGAGGUAUUUGAAGGUCUUUUGCGGAGAUUUGAUUGUUGGAAUCCCGACCAAUGGGAGCGUUGGUGCGUUAACCGGAGGGCCGAGGCAAUGUCGCGUAGGAAUUUGAGGUGAACUAAUGUGUUUAUUUUUUCGCUUCCUUGUUAAAUUGAAUUGUUAGGCGUUUUUUCGUUGGAUGUUUAUUCGAUAUUUGUUGUUGAAUGAUGAGGGAGAAACUUGUUCGCUUCCGUACUUUUGAUAUUCUGAUACAGAGGAAGUGCUUUCGUAUUAACCGAUUCUGGUGUACAGUUGAAACAAUUCUGUGGUUCUUUGAUUUUUCAAUUAUUGGUUAACUCUAUUUGCUUGUC